ACCCAUCAGCUUUCUAUGGCAGACUGGGGGGAUGGCGUAUUAGUGAAAGACGACCGGUUGCUGAAAAGCUCGCAUGACAUGUUGCCUGCCUUGAAGACAACCUGGGCCGGGAUGUCCCGAUUCUCUUCCCUUUGGAGCUGCAGCUCCCUUCGGCAUCCUGAAGCUGGCGGGUGGGGUCAGGAGCUCCAAGCGGCUGUGCAAGUACAGGAGGGAGCUCAGAGGUUGUUCGGCCUCAGGGCAGGUCAACAGCUAGAGAAGAAGGGAGCUGGCGGGGCGAGCGGCUGCCUCUUUGACCUCAUUGUCCUGCCUCUUGAAGGAUCGUCAAAACAGUGUUGGAAAGCACCAGUGAACCAUCUUGUCUCCUCUCUUUUUCUGGGCAGCAAAACUGGCACGAUGGCCUCCCUUCUGCAGUGCUGCCCCUUCCUGAGCCGUGACCCGACUAUCUUCCUCCGCAAAGUUCGCCCCUGGCUGAUCAGCAGUGCUGAGCGCUGCCCUGUGAUGGUGGCCCGUACUCUCUCCUGCUCGGCUUCCCACCUGCAGCAUGAAAAGGAGCCCUGCGGAGGAACUGGCCCCGUGUCUCUUCCUGCCACCCAGUGCCCCUUCAUGGAGUCUGAGCGCCAGGGUGGGCAGAAGUCCUUUGUGCAAGAGGCCAAACCCGAGCUGCAAGAGGACAUCAGACCUUUCAAGUCAGGUAUGCUGAGCUCUUUACUCCGUGAGGUGCAAACCAGCCUCAGGAGGAAAUUGCUGGACUCUGAGGAAGUGACACACCUCCUUCGGGACAACAUGCCAGGGAGCUCCGUGUUCGACUACGAUGAGUUUUUCAAGGCAAAGAUACUGGAGAAGAAGCAGGACCACACCUACCGGAUCUUCAAAACCGUGAAUCGCCAGGCGGGUGCAUAUCCCUUCGCUGAGGACUAUUCUGACACCAAAAAUGAAGCACGAAAGGUGUCUGUCUGGUGCAGCAACGACUACUUGGGCAUGAGCCGCCACCCUCGAGUGCUGGCAGCCAUACGGGAGACCCUAGAUCUUCAUGGAGCUGGUGCUGGAGGCACCAGGAAUAUUUCUGGCACCAGCCAGUUUCAUGUGGAACUAGAGCAGGAGCUGGCCAGCCUGCACAAAAAAGACGCUGCCCUGCUUUUCUCCUCUUGUUUUGUGGCCAACGACUCCACUCUCUUCACUCUGGCCCGCAUGAUGCCAGGGUGCGAGAUCUACUCGGAUGCUGGGAAUCACGCCUCCAUGAUCCAGGGCAUCCGAAACAGCGGCGUGCCUAAGUAUGUCUUCCAGCACAACGAUCCCAGGCACCUGGAGGAGCUCCUGAGCCAGGCUGAGCCCAGCACCCCGAAGAUCGUGGCCUUUGAGACUGUGCACUCCAUGGACGGUGCCAUCUGCCCCCUGGAAGAAAUGUGUGACGUGGCGCACCGCUAUGGAGCCAUUACCUUCGUGGACGAGGUCCAUGCCGUGGGACUCUAUGGGGCCAAUGGGGCCGGCGUUGGUGAACGUGACAAAGUAAUGGGCAAGAUAGACAUUGUCUCUGGCACCCUGGGAAAGGCUUUUGGCUGCGUGGGGGGCUACGUGGCCAGCACGGCUUCCCUGAUCGACACGGUGCGCUCCUACGCAGCCGGCUUUAUCUUCACCACUGCCCUGCCCCCCAUGGUGCUGGCGGGGGCCCUGGCAUCCGUCCGGAUCCUGAAGAGCCCUGAGGGGCAGAUGCUGCGCCGCGCCCACCAGCGCAACGUUAAACACAUGCGCCAACUGCUCAUGGAUGCGGGGCUGCCCGUGAUCAGCUGCCCCAGCCACAUCAUUCCCAUCCGGGUUGGAGAUGCAGCCUUAAACACAAGCCUCUGUGACCUGCUUCUGUCCAAGCACAACAUCUACGUCCAAGCCAUCAACUACCCAACUGUGCCCCGGGGGCAAGAGCUGCUGCGACUGGCCCCCUCCCCUCACCACACCCCAGACAUGAUGAACUGCUUUGUGGAAAAGCUGUUGGCAGCCUGGGGUGAAGUGGGCCUGCCUCGGGAGGACCCGGCCUCCCCCAAGUGCAACUUCUGCCACCACCCAGUCCAUUUCGCCCUCAUGAGUGAGUGGGAGCAGGAUUACUUCGGCAACAUGAGGCCCCAGUACAUCACACUUUCUGCCUGAGGAGCAAGCUGGGACAGCCACAACAGGAAGAGAGGCGUUGCCAAGUUGGGGCAGGCAGGGUGGGGUGGGAGAACAUAAUAAAGCUCAACAACUGGG